AAGUAUUUGUAGGGAAAAGUGUUUGUUGGAAACAGCUAAUAAAUGGAUGCAGCCGGUAUUGUACCCGAAAUAAUUGAUGUUCCACCAACUCAAAUUUUAAAGGUUACCUACCCAAGUGGAGCAAUAGUAGACCAAGGAAAUGAUCUUACACCAACACAAGUCAAAGAUCAACCAUCAGUUAGUUGGGAUGCUGAUGAAAAUGCACUCUAUACACUUAUGUUGGUUUCUCCAGAUUUACCAGAAAUGAUUAAGGACGUUAUAGAAUGGUUAGUUGUUAAUAUUCCUGGAAAUAAUGUGUCCAAAGGUCAGUCUGUAAUGGAUUUUUGUGGAGCGGGACCACCAUCAGGUACUGGUAAACAUCGUUUUAUAUAUUUGGUUUUCAAACAAUCAAAUCCAAUUAAAACGAAUGUUUACAUUAAGGAGAAAGAAAUAGAAGGAAGAUUUAGAUCGAGAGUUCGUGAUCUUAUAAAAGAACACAAUUUAGGCAUUCCAGUAGCAGGGAAUUUCUUCCGAACUGAAUAUGAUGAUUAUGUUCCUACUUUGAUUGCACAACUUAAUUAA